UCCAAAACACUUCCUGGUUACUCGCUCGGUUUUGUUUUUGUCUGUCAACUGUGUGUAAAAUGCGGUGCUCAAUUCUCAAAGAUAUGGUGAAGAAGUAAGUGCUCUGCGAAAGAAAGGAAGGCAGAAUGGAGGAUUUCAGGCAAACAUACUUACGCCUCUGUAAGGAAAGAGGUGUUGAGCCCCAAGAGAGCGUCGUGGUCAAACUACAAGAAUGCAGGUCUCCCCGUCUGGAUGUGAGUGGGCUGACUCUGUCCGCAGAUACCUGCACACUCCUCGGCCGUGCUUUUCAAAAAGACACUUUCUUUUCAGAGGUGUCACUUAGUGACUGCAUGGUUGGUGAUGAAGGUGCGAAAGUUUUCCUGACCGGUCUUUUUUACAAUACAACCCUUAAAGUCUUGGAUCUCAAGGGAAAUAACCUGAAAUCAUCAGGGGCUGAAGCAUUGGGAAAGUUGUUGGCACGUAAUAAUUCCCUUACUCGGUUGGUGCUGGACUGGAAUGCGCUUGGAGUGUGGGAUGAAGCCUUCGCUAUGUUUUGCGAGGGUCUGGGCUCCAACAGUGUGCUGACGCAUCUUGACCUGCGUAACAAUCAGAUCAACCAUCACGGAAUGUUAGCACUUGCUCAGACACUUAAACGCAACAGCAGCCUGAAAGUACUUGAUCUGAGGUGGAACAACAUUGGGCUCCUGGGCGGCAGGUGUCUUCUGGAAGCUCUGCAGAGCAACCACGGUGUUGAGCAAUUGGAGCUGGCAGGAAACAACAUCCCGAGCGACACACUCAAAGCACUUGAGCAUGUUGUCGGACGCAACACGGAUCGACAAUCCACCUUGAAAGAAAGCCACAGCAGAACCCAGGUCCUCAGCAAGGAGAUUCAGAACCUGAAGCAGGAAAAGGGACGUCAGUUCCAAAACUUGAUGGUGACCAUCGACAGGCAGAGAGAGGAAAUGGGACAGUCAAACCGAUCCAGUUCCAUACAAAUCGGUCAACUCCAGGAAGCGUUAAAUGAGAGGAAGUCAGCUGUAAAUUCUCUCACUGCCAAAUUGCAGAUGACGGAGGCUGCCCUUGCACUCUCGGGGCAGAAAAAUCACAGCCUGGCUGAGCUGAUAGCAAGAUUGAAGGUUGAGAAAGAGCAACUCAUGGAGACACAAAGCAGAGAGAAGAAAAAAGCACACGAGGACAGUGCUUCCAGGGAAGGAAAGCUUCUCAGAGACAUCCAAAACUUGAUCGACUCCAAUGUACAACUAAAAAAUAAGAUGGAGGAGGUGGAGCGCAAGUGCAAAUCCCAGCAGCAGCAGCUUUUUGAGCUAAAGCAGGGACUGACCAACAGCACAGCUGAGUUGAAGCUCAAACUAGCACAGGCAGAAGACCGCCUGGAAAUCGAGAAGCGAAGGUUCAAGCAAGGCCUGGAAGACAUGGAUCAUCUACGACAAAGAGAGGUUGAACAUGUAAAUCGACAUCGAGAGGAAAGUGAGAAAGCCCUGCAGGAGCGCAUCUUCAAACUGGAGGGACAACGACUUCAACUUGAAGAGGACUUGAGUAAGGCGAAAGCAGCAUGUGUGGCAGAGAGAACCCAGGCAGAGGAGGAACUGAGCAAAGCUCGCGUUCAAGCGCGCCAGGAAGAGCAGGAACACGUGUCAUCAUUGGAGGAGAAGCUUCGCUCAGUGCGUACCUCCCUGCAGGAGGUCCAGCUGCACUUUUCCCAACAGAAACAGAUCAUCUCUGAGCAGCAGGCCAAGAACAGUCAACAGACAAUUGAGACAGACUGCCUGCGUCGCAGAAUAGAGGAGCUCCAGCAGGAACUAUCCGGGAAGGACCAGGAAAAGGUGACUGAGGUGAGUCGAGUCAGGUUGGAGCUACAGGAGCAGAUCGGACACUUGGAGGCCGAGAGGAUCGCACAAGGAGGAUUGAAAGAGAAGAUCAAUGCCCUUGAGCGAGAGAUUAAAGUACUGAGUAGUAACCACCGAGAGGCGCUGCUCGACAAAGACAGCGAGAUGUCUUCUCUGCUGGAGAAGCUCCGACUUAAAGAGGCAGAGAUCAAGAGGAUGAGAGACGAUGAAGCCCAAAGAGCGACAUAUCUACAGAAUGCCAUCCUCACUUAUGUCCAAGGCUCCCCUCUGGCACAGUACAGCAGCUCCAAAAAAUGACUCGAUGACCUCAAACGAAAAUUCUGAGCCUUCUUUGUUACAGCUGCCGCUGUUGUGAAAGCGCUAUAUAAAUCAGCAUGUAUUGUAUUGUAUUGUUAAUUGACAAGUGCUAAAUAUUUUAUAUUUCAUCUUCAGAAACCUUGUAAAUGGUGCUACUUCAAAACAUUUCACCUUUCACGUUUUAAUUUUCACCCCACUCACUGUAAUGAUUUUUUUUACUAUUUUAAUGAAUACACAUGGCUUUUCUGAAUGUCACACGAGAAGACGACAUGUGAUGUAUUAAGAAUAAAUCGUUUUUCAGGGUGUGAUUAUAUUUUCCACCAUUGGAACUUUUCCAGUUUGCUUCCAUACAACUAUAUAUAGUAGAACUAUUUUAGAAAGAUGAACAUGUUCAUGGCACGUUGUCAAAAGUGAAGUAUAAAAUCCUUCAACACCGUUUCUAGACCGUACUCUGUUUUAACAAUUUUUAGACCACUUCAGUUGGGAGUUCUACAGCUGAAGCCUUUUUAUUAUGUCUGUCAAAUCAAAAUGCAGUUCACAUGCCGGUAAGGAUGCUUGUACUGGUGUAAUGGUUUGAUACUAUUUCGAUUUAAGGUAUUAUUUCAUAGAUUCUAAAUCAAUAAAAUGUAAUUUCAUUAACGAA